GCCACUCCGAAAGCCAACUUUUCAGACGAAGAUAUUAAGGCCCUCACAAAGCGUACACAGGACGGAGGGACAGAGGUUGUUGAGGCCAAGGCUGGAAAGGGUUCUGCUACACUGUCAAUGGCAUAUGCUGGAGCACUUUUCGCUGACGCCUGCUUGAAGGGACUCAACGGUGUUCCAGACAUUGUGGAAUGCACAUUCGUCCAAUCCACCGUCACCGAGCUCCCUUUCUUCGCCUCCAAGGUGAGGCUGGGGAAGAACGGUGUGGAAGAGAUAUACGACUUGGGGCCGCUCUCUGACUAUGAGAAGCAAGGGUUGGAAGCCAUGAAGCCGGAGCUCAAAUCCUCCAUUGACAAGGGAAUCCAAUUCGCCAACCAAAGCUGAGUCCAGCGAGAGAUUUAGUCACAUUAUUGCUUGGGAUGAAAUGAAACAAGGGAGGGGGCUCUUUUCAAUUUUUCGCAUAUUUUAUCAAAUAAUUCGCAGCUUGUGAGAGAGAUGUAAUAACCCACAUGGGGCUUUCUCGGUUCAACCCUGUUGAGGAACACAUCAAGGCUUCUCGUUUUUGCUAAACUCUUCAGUUGCGUCAGGUUUUGAUGGGUCGCCCAUUUGGUUUGGUCCGAUUUU